UCAACUAAAUUCAAAUUGAUAGUAAAUUUUUUAGAUCUGUGAUUCUGUGAUAGGUAAUUCAUAAACAAACCUUUAAAUAUUUAGUGUUCUGUGCUUUAAACCUUAUUUAAAUUACAAUUAUUAAUCUUAAAUAAAAAUGCUUCCUAUAAUUAAGCAAUUAGAAGAGAAAAAUUUACCUUAUGAAAUAGAUCAUAUGGUCUGGAAUGACCGAAUGGAUUUAGUAGCAUAUUCAACUACGAAAGGUGAAGUAGCUCUUCAUCGACUCACUUGGGCGAGAGCUUGGAUAUUGAGUCCUCCUAGUAAAAAUGUCAAUGUGGAAUGUAUAACUUUUAGACCAGACGGAAAUGUUUUAGCUAUAGCUUAUGACAAUGGUGAUAUUUGGAUCAUUAGUAUUGAGAAUAAAGCUGUCUGUAAGUUUAUAGCAACGAAAAAGAAAAUUUCUUAUAUGUCUUGGGUACAAGAGAAGAGUAAGCAUAAAAAUAAAUCUCAAGAUAAGCCUCUAUAUUCAAGUGGAGAUGAGCAUAAUAAUUAUAUGGAAUAUAUUGACUUGUCAUCCAUAUACUUAGCUGCACCACCUUUAAUGUAUGCUGAAGAUAAUAUUCGAUCACCUAAAAAGAGACAAAGACCUAGUCUUUUGCAUGAACAGUAUGAUCUCAAUAUACUUGCAGUUGGGACUAAAGAUGGAGAAGUAACUCUCCAUGUGUUUGGAGAGCAUCCUUUUGUAGUACUUAACAUGAAAGAUUAUUUAGGAGUUAGAUGUUCAGUCGAAAAUAUAUUGUUUACAGAAGAUCUGAGUAAACUUUCUGUGAUAGUCAAAGACGAAAAAUGUAAUAUUAAAAUUAUAUUAAUUAAUUCUGAAAUCAUCAAAUCAAAAACAAAAGAAAUAUAUUCUGUUGCUCAUAAAUGUGUUCAGUUAACAUAUUUAUUAGAAGUUAUACGAGGAAGUAUACGUAAUAUGAAGGAAAGUUGGGAAUCUAUCUUAAUAGAAAUGGACAAUAAGCUAUCAAAAUAUGCUAGUAAAUGUCCUGAAGGUGGUCUUGCUGCUGAAUUCAUGGAUUUAUUGAUGUUUGGUAAAUAUUCACAAAACAUGCAGGAAUUUCUACUCCAUGAUCUUACUAAGAAAGGAUUGGAAAAAUUCGGUGAAGGUAUUGAAGUGAGUUAUUCCACUAUGCAAGAAUUACUGCUGAAGUAUGUAACUAAAUAUGGUCAAUGUAUUACAUAUCAUUUAGCAGAACUUCGAGGAAUGGUCAGAAUGCGACAUAUGUAUAAUUUCAUUGAUAUAUGUGAAGGAACAAUCACAGAAGCAAUCAAAUCUACUGGUGCUUUUCUCAUAAAAGCAGGAGAAAUGCAUCAGACAAUAAACCAGUCCAUUGUUAAUUACAAGUCCUUCUUCAGAUGGUUAUAUAGGGCUAUGAUGGUUCUUUUGGAAGAGGUGGAACCGCCAGAAUUACAAGCGAUGACACAGCAGGAAUUGGUUCUUAUUGCAGAAUUUUUUCAGAAUUUUGAUAACAUUGAAGGAAAUGGAAAGGGUUUUAUGAUGGAAAAAUUAGGACAGUAUUUAUCAGAUGACUCUUUAACAAUGCCCUCAAAAAUGGAAGAAAAUGAAUGGUCUGCUUUUUUAGCUGAAAAUAAUUGCUUCAAAUAUGAUUCAAUUAUCUUAGAUCAUAAUAAAGAUUUUUCAUUAAUUCAACAAUUCAGCAAACUAGAAAACAGUUUAUCGUCAGUGUUCUUCACAUCAAAAAAUAUGCAUAAACAUUUUAUGAAAUUCGAUGUAUUUAAUUGCGUCAAUUCACCUGAAGAACUCAAAAUUACAAGUGUUAAUAGAGAAGAAUCCAUUAUAUACUUUUUUCCAAAAUCAAAACAUGAGAUCAUUUUACUCCAAAUAAACUCAGAUGGUGAUACAAGAAGUUGUGAUUUCAACUUUAUUGAAUAUGGUGAACCAAAUAUAACAUAUGAAAUAAGUGAUAUAAAAGUUUAUUCCACAUCAAUUAUUUCUCUUUUACUGAGAGAUGUAGCCAACCGAACAUCAUUAAUGUAUCAAUUUCCCAUUGAUGCAGCUUUAUACUUUACUCGUGAAAUUAACGUUUUAACUCAAAGUUUGUGCAAUAACCCCAGCCCAUUAUUAGUUAAUGGUACUUAUUUGAAUCCAAAGAUAUAUAAAGAUGUUCAAAUGAUGGGAUCACAGCUAGCAGUAUCAGGAAGCAGGAAGGUUGGAAUUGUAUUGUCAGCAAACCGACAUAAAGUAAAAUUAUUUGAGAUGGAAUGUGAAGAGGAGGAUGAUGAUGAUGAAGAUGCUGAUAUUAGUAUGUGAAGCAGAAAUCGUGAAGCUGUCAGAAAACAUACAUAAUAUGACUUUUAAUUAAAAUAAAAUCUUUUUUUAGUACAAAAAAUGAUGU